AUGUAUCGUCGAGAGUUAGAAAAUACAAUAAAUAUGCAACAACCACCACAAAUACCAUGGCCACAACCAUCAAAUAUUGACCCCAUUAACAUUUCAGAUGUUAACGAAUGCCUGCGAAGACCGUGCCAGCACAACUGUCAAAAUGUUCAAGGCAGUUAUACAUGUAGUUGCAACUCAUGCUACACAAAAGUUGGUACUAGGUGUGAACUGCGACAGUGCCGUAUUGGUGGCGUAUGUUAUAACUACGGUAGAGUGAACCCCGGGAAUCAAUGCCAGGUAAUAUACCGUAUAGACUAUUUCAACCUUUAAUACUGAGCCGUUAGUAGUAACCAAACUGAAGCAGUUUUAUGUACUAGUUAAAACAUGAGCAGUCGAUAUUUAUCUGAUAUACAAACUCGAGCCGAAGGCUCUUAUGAGUUCAUUGUCGAAGUAAUUUUAAAAAUAAACAUUGUCUAAGCCGAGAAAAUCAAAGCUGAAGUUUGUGUAAAUCAGGACAGAUAUUUAUCCGAUUUACAAACAUUGAUUAAACAUUUAUUUCUUUUGAAUUUUCUUCAUGAAUUAUUAAUGAGUCUUUUAAUUAAUCUUGAUAGGAUUAUCAGUUUUAAACUGUUCCCCCUAUAGAUCCAGUUAUGGCCAUCCCUGAAAUGUCCAGGGUUACUACAGGAGGAAACCAGAGGCUAAGCUAACUAAGCAUGACUUCUUACCACCUGAACCAAACACAAAUCACCAACACUAUACAUUCGACUGUAUUACUGUAUUGUCUGUAUACUUCAAUUUUCUACGUCUAGGAUUGUCAAAGACAUCGAGAGACGGUAUGGACCAGCAAUAAUGCGCUCUCUUGCAGUGAUGGCAAUUUGUGUACGAGGAAUGAUCGAUGCGUGAACGGCGCAUGCACAGGAACCCCGUUCACGUGCAGAUCAUGUGAAAGCUGUGAUGGUAAUGGAUGUCAGAUCAAGCCCGGUUUCUGUGUGAUCGAUGGAAAAUGUUACACAAAUGGGAAUAUACGACCAGGAAAACCAUGCCAGGUGAGCGGGUCAUAUUUAAAGCAUAGGUCAGUAGGUAUGUGUCUUGGUAGGCAGGCAGGUAGGUACACACGUAAAAAUCUCACAACUUGUCAACAAGAUGUGUCUGCAACAGGCUUGUAGCAAGCUUGUGAACAAGUUGUAACAAUGCUGUUAUUAUAUCAAGUUGCUACAAGAUUGUCACUCAGAAUUUGUUGAAAAAUUGGUGAAUUGCAGGACGAUGUUGUUGGAACAACUUGUAACAAGUCUGUUGAGCUCGACAACCUUGUAGCAUGUUGUCAACAAGCCGUUGACAACUUAUCAACACGCUGGGAACAAGCAGUGCGAACACAUCCUGUUGACAAGUUGUUGGAACAGCAUUGCUACAAGUCUGCUGCGGGUGUGUUACAACUUGUGCGUUUUUACUUGUGUAGGUUAGGUAGUUAGUUAGAGUUAGGUAGGUUGGUAUGUUGGUAGGUAUGUAUAAAUUUAGAUAUGUAGGUAGGUAAGUAAAUAACUAAAAAGAUAAAAAAGGAAAGACGGAGGGAAAUAACCCUAUUAGUGCUCAUCCACUAGAAACGUAUCGACAUUGAAACUUAGGCUUCGGCGGCGCAGGCGUCAGAGCAGGCGCCUUUCACCUCUGAGGUCGUGGGUUUGAUUCUCGCUACGGACUCAUGUGAAAAGAGUCGGUCAACGCUCUGCCGAAAGUCGUGGUUUUUCUCCGGGUGCUCCGGCGGUUUCCUCCCACAGGGAAAGUUAAUUGACAGGGUGGGUUAGGAUAAACGCAGUUAAGAAAGUAAUAUCACAAUUGUUGUAAAGAUAAAAUAAUCUAGGCUAAAGGCGGAUUUCCACUAGACCAUUUUUAUGACGAUCGUCUGAAAAAUUCGCCACGAACAUGCGCAGCGUCAAUAAUCGUCAAGCGCUCGACGAAAAGUAGAAACUAGUUCUACUUUUCGUCGAACGCUUGACGAUCUUCAUAUUUUCAACCAAUAAGAUUCUGCGCUGUUUUCUUGCUGCUAGUACAUCUCCACUUGUCUCUAAAUCGUCCCGAAUUUUUAUGACGAUCGUCAUAAACAUUGUCUGAAAAUCGUCUAGUGUAGAUCCGCCUUAAGUAAGUAAUUAGGUAAGCGUAAUAAUACUUGCUGUAAAGCGCAUUUGAUCAUAUCAACGUGUUGAAACAUGUAAAUUGGCGCUAUAGAAAUGCUUAUCAUAAUGGUAAUUAAAAACUCUGCACAAAAUGCAUUGUAACAUAUCUAUUUUUCCAGCAAUGCAACAGUAACAACCCAACAAGAUGGACAGCAAACAACAACCUCAAAUGUAGCGAUAAUAAUGUGAGGACAAGAAACGAUCGUUGUAUUAAUGGAGACUGUAGUGGACAACCUUACACGUGUCUAUCAUGCCAAGGUCACUACAACGACGUGUGUAAACCGAAGUCCGGAUACUGUAUCAUCAAGACCAACAAUGUGGACACAUGUUACCGCGCGAAUACGGCAAAACCCGGGAACCCGUGUCAGGUAGGGUGGAAAACAGUUAAAUUCAUUCAAAGUUUGCUUCUUAUAACUCAAGUCAGAUCGGGAUGAUUUCGUUUCGGCCAUAGAGGUAUCUCCUUUAGUCGCAUCACAGUAAUCCUUUAAGGUAGACCGUGGCCAUUAUCUCCAGGUCAGGAAGAAUUCGGAGCGGGACGAUUUUGUUUCGGGCAUAGUGUUGCCUCUAGUCACUGUUUAUGUACAUGUUGAAAAAUUACUCAGACAACUCUGUAGUCUGUAUAUCUUGUAUUGUAAAUAACGAAACGUUAGCUAUUAUUUUUUUACUUUUAUUAUGUUUGGUUUUAAAGUGUAUGUGAAAUGAAAUUUCUUAAUUUCUUAAAUGAAAUAACUCUUUAUAAGCUGUAGUGUAACUUAUUUUUCAGUUUCUUGUUUUUAUGGUUUGCUCCCGAGAUAUUUCAAUUUGUUUGAUAUGUAAAUGAGUGUGAAUAUGUCCGCUAAUUUAUGACGUCAUGUUGGUUGCAAGCUCUUCAAAAUGGUUGAAUAUCACUGCUAUCAUCCAAGAUGAUAAUUUCAAACUUCACUCCAAUGAGUGAAGUUUGAAAUUAUCAUCUUGGAUGAUAGCAGUGAUAUUCAACCAUUUUGAAGAGCUUCAUUUACCAAUGUAAAUGUGAUGAUAUACUGGAGAAAAACUUGAACUGACAUCAACAGCUUUUAGAGUUAAUACAUUUAUAACCAGUGUAAGUUGAGCUUGCAACCAACAUAAGGUCAUAAAUUAGCGGACAUAUUCACACUCAUUUACAUAUCAAACAAACUGAAAUAUCUCGAGAACAAACCAUAAAAAAAAGAAACUGAAAAAUAAGUUACACUUCAACUUAAAGAGUUCUUCCAAUUUAAGAAAAUAAGAAAUUUCAUGUCAUAUAUACUUUAAAGUUAUUUGCUGGGCUCUGAUAUUUUUAUCUUUAAAUUAAGUCUGUAGUCAUCCCACUAGUUAGAACGUUGUAAGACCAGGCUGAAGGUUUCUGAACAACUACAUUAACAACACCAAUAAUAUUUAUUGUGGAUUGUGAUAUGUGCGAAAUAAACUAAAAUGAUUUCCGACUUGAUUUUAAUUUAAGUUAAGUUGUUGUUGAAAUUUUAUUAUAUUAAUUUCAUUUCAAGAAUGGCUUCCGUAACUUGUCAUUCCAGCUAUUACAUAGUUAAAAAAUCCCUGUUUUUUAUCUACUCUUUCAGUGGUGCAAUUCAGCUACGACUACAUCUGCAUGGACAAACAGAAAUGGAAUAUCUUGUGAUGAUCGUCAGAAAUGCACGCGCUCAGAUAAUUGUACCAAUGGCCAAUGUGGCGGCAUCAGUUUUAAGUGCAAUACACUGUGUCAAUACUGUGAUGGAAAUGGUUGUAGUUUGAAUACAGGCUUCGGAUAUGUUGCGGGGAAAUGUACUUGUAAAAUAGCAGGUGAGUGAACAUUGGCGACGGGAAAAUGUCUGCCAAAAUAGGAGUAAGUACAGGAAAAGCAUUUACUGUACGGAAACGUCUAUAAAGGUAUAAGCUCAGACAAGAAGAAGAGUUUACUCCUCGUAAUUUUGGUGAUAAUGAUAUUGUUGGUGAUGUGGUGGUUGCGAUGUUGAUGGUAAUGAUUUGAAUUGAGUGGCGUCUUACAUAAACACAUUUACUACUGACUGGGUCAACUAAGGUUAAACUUACAUUUCUUGGUAACAGGUAAUGAUUACAACCAUCAACAGCUAAACCCAGGCAAUGAAUGUCAGUGGUGUGACCUUUAUGACAAAGCUUCCAGAACAAGCUCUGUAUGGACCAACAAACCCGCUGUCUCUUGUAACGAUGGCAACGCCUGCACGAAACAAGAUCUCUGUCAAAGCGGCCGAUGUAUGGGUAAAGCAUACAGUUGUCAAUCAUCCUACCCCCAGAUCAGUUGCAUACAGCGCUCUGAGUGUGUGGGAAACGGGACAUGUAGGGAUAUCAUGAGACCCAGAGCGACAAUAUGCCGUUCACCUGUGGAUAAGUGUGAUCAACCUGAAAGGUGAGACGACAGUUUGGUAGUUAAGGAGAUUUUUUUGAAAGUUGAGUCUUGGAAAGCUAGGAAACAUUGUUUCCUAGCCAUGUUUCCCGAGAGUGGGCAAAACAGGAAACAUUGCUUCAUAGCCAUGUUUCCAGAAGGUGGACAAACCAGGAAACAUUGUUUCCUAUAGCCAUGUUCCUGAAGAUGGGCAAACCAGGAAACAUUGUUUCCUAGCCAUGUUUCCCAAAGAUGGGCAAACCAGGAAACAUUGUUUCCUAGCCAUGUUUCCCAAAGAUGCAUGGGCAAACCAGGAAACAUUGUUUCCUAGCCAUGUUCACCAAAGAUGGGAAAACAGGAAACUUUGUUUCCUAGCCAUGUUACCGGAAGGUAUUGCAUGAAAUUUAAGGCAAAAUUAAAAGUUUAAAGAACCACGAUUUUCAGCAACAAAACGUAGCAACAUGUUGGCAACCUAAAUUCCCCCUCCAAAAAGUGUCCGCUACUGGUAUACUUGUAGAUUUAAAAAGGACAAAUAACAUGACCAGAAACAAAAUUCUGAGUCUAAUUUCUCUUUCACAGAUGUAACGGUGCCCUGGGAACAUGUCCACCACGUGUUGUCGACGCAAUUAGACUUCAAGGAGGGCAAUCUGCUUUAACUCUUUCAAACUUUGCAAGUUCCAUCGCAUAUCAACCAACCACGGACAAAUUCUACCUCAAACUAAC